AUGGACUGGUUCUACAGGAAGACAGAAGAGGACAAUGGGAAAGAAAUGGCAGACCUCAUCUGGUGGAGAGGGAGAUCCAACUUGCUGGAAGAGGGGCUAGUAUCCUCUAACUCAGGGAUUCCCAAAGUUUUUUUGCCGUGGCCCAGCAAACUGCGGCCUGGAAGUGGCUGCGGCCUGGCAAACCGCAGCCCAGCAGUCACAGCCGACCGCGGCCAGAAUUUCUGGCUGGAAGACAGUAUCUCUGCAUACAUCGCAGAAGAGAAGCUCUCAAAUGUGCUGCCGCCAAUUCACCUGGAUGCAUCUCAGAGCUGGGAGGCAUGGGGCGUGAGACCUGGCUCAAUGGAUAUCAUCGUCAACAUCAAUAUGAUCCACAUCACGCCAGUGAUUUGCACUGAGGGCUUGUUCAAAGGAGCAGGGAAGGUGCUGAAGCCCCAGGGUGUGCUGUUCACCUAUGGGCCCUAUGCCAUCAAUGGGCAGAUCAGCCCACAGAGCAACGUGGACUUCGAUCAUGCUCUGAGGCAGAGGAACCCGGCCUGGGGUCUUCGGGACACAACUUGGCUGCAACAGUUGGCUGAGGCCAAUGGGAUGUGCCUGGAGACAAUGGUGGACAUGCCAGUGAACAACAAGUGUCUUAUCUUCCGCAAGCAGUGACCCCCUGUCCCAGGCUCUGCUCCAAAACUGCCUUCUGCUUACCUGGAAUCAACUGCGUGUCAGUGUCUGUGAUGCUCUGUGUGGCUUGUUGUGAUGUCCCCAGGGUGCUGGGAGAGUUUCUGUAGGGGCAACCCCCAGCUGAAAACUUGGCAGCAGGACUGCUGUGUGGGGAGUAUGGGCAUUACUGACCUCCUGCUAUCUGUUCUGGAAGCCCUUUGGGGAUGGGACCAUUCAGGCAGGUUCUCUAUUGCAUGCUUGCCUGCUUCCCUUGCUUCUGCCCCCGUGAGCUAUGUUUCACACCCUUAAUGCAGCUGCCCAUAGUCAGGCCCUAAGGGUUGGUGGGUCGAAAGAAGAGCAAACCACAUGGUUUGGGUCACCUCCCAGCCCUGAGGUAGGCCUAGCCCAGCCUCAGCCCUCUCCGUUGACUAUUUCAGAGCUCCCACAAGCCUCCUUUUCUUUAUAGUUCUUUAGUUCUUCUGCCUGUGCCUGCCUUCCCCUAAGGGCCAGUUUCUCUGCCUCUGCUGAAGGUACAGUGGGCUUCAUGGCUGUGGCUCCCUAGAACAGGGGUUUUCAACCUUUUGGGGUCAGCGUACCCCUGGCGGCCGAAUGCAGAGCUGGGGGGAGUGGGUGCACAGCCGAACAUGGAGUGGUGGCCGCUGCUGUGUGCAGGCUUCCCCCGCGUCUGGCAGGCAGCUCAGGAUGGUGCGUGGCAUUGCUUUGUCCCUGCCCACCCCUGCGUACCCCCUAGGGCAGGGGUUGUCAACCGGUAGUACGCGAGAAGGCUCUAGGGGGUACAUGCGGGCGAGGGAAAUGGAGCACCACCAUGCACCAUCCUGUGCUACUGCGCAAGUGCCACCCACCCAUCCAGAUGCUGGACGUGAGGGAAGCUUGCACAUGGCAGCCCCCCCCCCCACCUCCACAUCUGGCCGCUGAGGGUGCACUGAUCCAAAAAGGCUGAAAACCCCCGCUCUAGGGUUUUCUCAAGUACCCCAGUGGUACACAUACCCCCAGUUAACAACCGCUGCCCUAGAAGAUUGAACCACUUAGGUAGGGACCCAGUGGGGGUGAGUGCCUUAUAUUAAGCAUCCCAAGUUUUAGUAUUCCAGCCUCUUCUCCUUAGGAGCUAAGGCAGCACGUUGACAUGCCUGGCAGCAGGCCCCCCCCUUCCAAACACUGCCCCAUGGCUCCUAGUACUGAAGGGACUGAAAUGCACCCGGCGGGCUGGUGUGCUGGUCUGAAUCUCCCCACCAGGGGGCAGCAACUCUUCAGAGGACAUCCCUGUUGGUGGGGGGAGAACGGGGCCUCUGAACAGCCCUACCCCACAAGGCAGCGUGUAGGCAGCCCACAGCUCGCAAACAGACAUCAAAGAAAAAGACCUCGUUUCCAGUGGGGAAAGUGGUUGUUUUAAUGUAGAAACAAUAUCCUGUCACAUUGAUGAAGUGUUUAUCCAAAUUGGGGCUGAAAAAUAGGGGUGGGAGUUUCAGCCAUGUGGGUGCAUUAGAAGCACCAGUCCCAUUAGGUACCCAAGGGACUCGUGGUCCCAAAACACUAGGCACUUUUGGAAAUUGCGGCUCUGCUCCCUUGAAAAAGCAACUUCCAGCAGCUGCAGAAAGGCAGUGUGGGGUGAUGGUUCCCUCCAGUGGUUGAGCUGGAGCAUUGCAGUGGGCUUCAGUCCAAAAGGUUGAUUGCUGAGGAGAUAGCCCUGUGGAAAGAUGUAUGCUGCUGUGCUCAUGCCCUCUCAAGGGGACCUGGCCUUUGGCCCAGUAGAUACAUGCCUGUUGCUGGUUUCUUCCUGAGCUGACUGAUGUGUGGUGUUUGCCCAGCCCUAAUGCUGAGCUUUGACCCUGGGUUGCCAGGAGGCCCGUGAGGCUGGUGCGAUACUCAAAACCUCAGUGUAAGGAUAGUGUUUUGGGCUGACCAAGGGUCUCCAGUAGCCCAGGCCAGGCCUCUUUCUCCUGGCAGCCAUGUGCAUAUGAGGGAGUGAGAGGCCUGUAGUUCCUCAGAAAUAUAUGCAAAUAUAUACUGAUACGGGGUGUAGGUGCUGCCAGCAGGAAGGGGUGGGGGGGUGGCAUUCUGUCCGUCCACCUCUGCUCCUCUCUGCCCUCUCCAGCCCAGUCUCAGCCUUGCUUUAGCCCAGCCUGCAGAUGACUCAUGGUUUUCUGGUCCGGAGUCUCCAGGCAGGAGCCAGUACUUUGAGGCUCUGGCAGGGGAGGGGACAAGUAUGUUGUGCCAUGCCAAGCCCUCUCUGAUAAAGGUCAGAGUAGCCAGCAGCCACAGGUCCACAGCACUGACCCUCACUAAGCCCAUCUUGGGUAGUGUCAGCAGAGAGGCCACAGUAGCUAGGCCUCCUCUCUCAGCCCUAGAGGAAGGAGGCUCAGCCCCACUGAUGGAAGGAAGCUUAUCCUCUGCUCUAGCUGUAGCCUGAGAGGGGCCUCCUUUUAACAAAAUAACCAAGGAAGGCUAAUGAAGGCAUGAUGGUGCAUUGAACAGACCACUGGGGACUCAGGAAACCUAGGCUUUAUUUCAGACUCUGGCCCUGCCCUGCUGGAGUACCUGGGGCUGUCGCAUCCCUGCUCGGGAUCCUGCUUCUGGGAAUGUACCAUAUGGGCUCACUGGUGUCUGCACAAUGUCCCUCAGAAGCCUCUUGUGACAAAACCUGUUGCUGCCACAAGAGCCCUGUUCAUAGUUUUAUUUCUGGCCAUUCUCCAAAUAAAAUCCUGUCUGGUUUUCA